AUGUUGAAUGCCAAGCCUGUGUCCGUUCCUUUGGCAUCUCAUUUCAAAUUGUCAUCAUCAGAGUCUCCUAGUUCCAAUGAAGACGAGGAGUUCAUGUCACCCAUUCCUUAUGCAAAUGCGGAUUGGAGCAUAAUUUAUGAUAUGGUUUGUACUCUAUCAGACAUUGUUCAAGCCGUUAGUGUUAUUGACAAUGUCCCAUCAAAAAGCGAAAAUUUGGGGACUAAUUCAGUUUUACUUAGUGGUUGGUGUAGAAUGAAGAAUCUAAUGGAAGCUGGUGAAAUCUGGAACGAGAUGAUUGAUCAAGGUUUGAACCCAGAUGUUGUUACUCAUAACAUAAUGUUAGAUGGGUUGUUGAAGGUUAAUAAGAAAUCUGAUGCAAUCAAGCUUUUCGAGGUGAUGAAAGUUAAGGGUCCACCCCCAAAUGUUCGGACCUAUACUAUAUUGAUUAGGGAUUUGUGCAAGCAUUCAAAGUUGAAUGAAGCUGUUGCUUACUUUGAUGGGAUGACUUCUUCAGGUUGUAACCCAGAUGCUGUUGUAUAUACUUGUUUGAUUACUAGAUUUAGGAACCUUAAAAAGAUGGAUAUGGUGUUUGGUUUGUUAAAAGAGCUGAAGGAAAAGGGUUACCCACCUGAUGGGCAACUGUAUAAUGCUUUGAUUAAGUUGAUGAUGAAUAGAAGAAUGCCGGAUGAUGCAGUUCGUGUUUACAAGAAGAUGAUUCAGAGUGGAAUUGAGCCAACAAUUCAUACUUAUAUUAUGAUGAUGAUGAAAUCUUACUUUGAUUUUUUUUUUUGUGGGUAA